AUGUCGCAUGCCAUGGCCUACGCGGCCGACAUGGCCGUGGCCGAGAUGAUGGUCCAAUUGCAGGCCGAGUUCGCCGACAGACGCGAGAAGCUGCUGAAAGUCCUUCGCGUGGACCCCACGUGGCGACUCCAUCGCCUGUCGGAUGGCCAGCGGCGCCGGGUGCAGCUGUUCCUCGCGCUUUUGCGGCCGUCUCAGCUUAUUGUGCUGGACGAGGUACUGGGUACACUGGACAUUGUCGUUCGCGAGAACGUCUUGGCGUUCUUGAAAGAAGAGACGGACACGAGACGGGCCACGGUCUUGCUGGCUACGCACAUUUUCGAUGGCACGGACGACUGGGCCUCGCACGUGCUGUACAUUCGACGUGGUAUUAAGGGCUUCCACGGUCCAAUUCACGAGUGCACAGACGAUCGAAAAGUGCCGAUGUACAAGGUCGUCGAGCACUGGCUACGUGAAGAGCUGGCGGAAGAUGACCGCAUUGAAAGCGAAGCGAUUGGAGAUGGCGGCCAGCUCAAUUUGGCCAAUGCACAGAACCGUGCUGGCGGAUACGCACCUGGACGCUUGGGCGGUGUCGACAUUGACUCGCUGGGGCUUUAG